AUGCGCGUCUAUCUACCCCCCUUUCCCCCCUCCCCUCAUUCACACAUCCUUCUUCCCCCUGCCACCUCACACGCUCCUCUCAGACUCAGACCCAUGGACCCAGCAGUGAGCGACAUGAUCCAUCGCGCCAUCGAUUCAGCCGACUCUGUGUUGUCUCCUCCCUUCGUGCGCGACAACUACCCCUACCACUUCAUCUGCCAAGUCUUCCCAGUCUAUCACAACCUCACCACCUUCUCACUGCCCGCCUCAGCCUCCUCUCCCUCCGUCGCCAUCCCUCCACUCGCCACCCCCCGGGUGCUCCCACGGGGUAUUGUCAUGGCGGGGUAUAACUUUGCAAAUCUGCGGUCGCUGGCGGGGUUUAACCAGCUGGAGGAGCUGAAUACGAGGGUUUACCUGGUGGAUGGGACCAAGGGAGGGGCGUGGGAUGGUGCAAACAAUGCGGAUGGGCAGAAUAUGGAUGCAACAGCUAGUAGGUGGUUACCUGCUCUGCUUUUUGAGCAUGAGGGGUUGCACACGCAUCCGUACGAUGUGGCAUGCAUACUCCCUUCCCACCGCUCUCUUCCCUCAUGCCCCCCUUCCCCCCCCCACUUCCCUUUCCCUCCCCUUCCCCUCCGCUCCCCUUCCCCUCCCCUCCCCUUCCCCUCCGCUCCCCUUCCCCUCUCCUCCCCUUCCCCUCCGCUCCCCUUCCCCUCCCCUCCCCUUCCCCUCCCCUCUCCUUCCCCUCCCCUCCCCUUCCCCUCCGCUCCCCUUCCCCUCCGCUCCCCUUCCCCUCCCCUCCCCUUCCCCUCCCCUCCCCUUCCCCUCCGCUCCCCUUCCCCUCCGCUCCCCUUCCCCUCCGCUCCCCUUCCCCUCCGCUCCCCUUCCCCUCCGCUCCCCUUCCCCUCCGCUCCCCUUCCCCUCCGCUCCCCUUCCCCUCCCCUCCCCUUCCCCUCCCCUCCCCUUCCCCUCCCCUCCCCUUCCCCUCCGCUCCCCUUCCCCUCCGCUCCCCUUCCCCUCCGCUCCCCUUCCCCUCCGCUCCCCUUCCCCUCCGCUCCCCUUCCCCUCCGCUCCCCUUCCCCUCCGCUCCCCUUCCCCUCCCCUCCCCUUCCCCUCCGCUCCCCUUCCCCUCCGCUCCCCUUCCCCUCCACUCCCCUUCCCUCCCUCCCCUUCCCCUCCGCUCCCCUUCCCCUCCGCUCCCCUUCCCCUCCCCUCCCCUUCCCCUCCCCUCCCCUUCCCCUCCCCUCCCCUUCCCCUCCCCUCCCCUUCCCCUCCCCUCCCCUUCCCCUCCACUCCCCUUCCCCUCCGCUGCCCUUCCCCUCCGCUCCCCUUCCCCUCCGCUCCCCUUCCCCUCCGCUCCCCUUCCCCUCCGCUCCCCUUCCCCUCCCCUCCCCUUCCCCUCCGCUCCCCUUCCCCUCCGCUCCCCUUCCCCUCCGCUCCCCUUCCCCUCCGCUCCCCUUCCCCUCCGCUCCCCUUCCCCUCCGCUCCCCUUCCCCUCCGCUCCCCUUCCCCUCCCCUCCCCUUCCCCUCCCCUCCCCUUCCCCUCCCCUCCCCUUCCCCUCCACUCCCCUUCCCCUCCGCUCCCCUUCCCCUCCGCUCCCCUUCCCCUACGCUCCCCUUCCCCUCCGCUCCCCUUCCCCGCCGCUCCCCUUCCCCUCCGCUCCCCUUCCCCUCCGCUCCCCUUCCCCUCCCCUCCCCUUCCCCUCCGCUCCCCUUCCCCUCCGCUCCCCUUCCCCUCCGCUCCCCCCUUCCAUGUGCCCUCGACCCCACCACAGGCACAUCUCAUACUCCCCGCCGUUCGGCCCAUUCGUCUGGAUAGUGGUGCUGGUGCCCUUCAUGGGAGUCUCCACCUUCCUCCUCUGGACGAGCAUCCAGCUCAUGCACGCCUUUGAGUGCGACUGCCAGCACCUGGCCGCAGCACAGCACGAGCUCCGCACCGCGCGAGUGGAAGCUGAGGCGGCGAGCCGGGCCAAGGGAGACUUCCUUACGACCGCGUCGCACGAGAUUCGCACACCCAUGAAUGGUGUCAUUGAGACCCGUCUGGACGAUCCAACUCUCGUAUAUCCCUUUUGCUCCCCCCACAUCAUUCUCCCCACCAGGCAUGCUGAACCUACUGCUGGGAACCCCUCUGGAUGGCACGCAGCAGGACUACGCGGAGACAAGCUCAAGCCCCCCUUCUCCCACUUCCUUGCUCCACUACCCUCUCCCCCCCCCAUAACCCACCCCUCUCCCCCACCAGGCAUGCUGAACCUACUACUGGAAACCCCGUUGGACAGCUCCCAGCAGGACUACGCGGAGACGGCGUGCAGCAGCGGGCGGGCGCUGUGUGCGCUGAUCAACGACAUUCUCGACCUCUCCAAGAUCGAGGCCGAGAAGCUCCGCCUCGAGCGCAUCCCCCUCAACCUGCGCGCCGAGCUCGACGACGUGCUCGCGCUCUUUGUGGAGAGUUUUGAUGAGAAGAGAUCGGUGGAGCUUGCCGCGUUUGUGGCUGACGACGUGCCGGAGACACUGCUUGGGGAUCCGCUGCGAGUGAAGCAGGUGUGUGUGUUUCGCCCACCAGGCACCACUCCUGUGGCAAUUGCUUCACCAGUGCAAACAACCAAAGGGAGGGGGAAGGAUGCGGCUGGGGAAGAUGGAGAAACUGUUGGGGUAGAUGGCACUCGUGGUGGCGAUGAUGACACUUGUGACGACGAUGGCACGUGUGAUGAAAAUGGUUUCGGUGCUGAAAAAGGUUCCGGUGUGGGCAUUAGUGCUAGAAGGCCUGUUGCAGAGGCGUCUACCGAAUCUGCGUGUGUGACGCUGAGUGGCUGGCCAGCCAUGAAGACAUGGUGCUCGUGGGAGGGCAUGCGGGAGCACAUGGACCUUGCUGCCGUGGGCAUGGGCAUGGGCAAGGGCAUGGGCAUGGGCAUGGCGAAUGAUACUUGCUGUGGCCCUCGGAUCCUGCCUCCCGACCAGCCUGUGCGCCUGAUGGUGGCUGUGGAAGACACAGGUACCGGCAUCCCCCGGCACGCUCGGAGGCACAUCUUCCGGCCGUACACACAGGCAGAGCGCAGCACGGCAUGGCUGCAUGGAGGCACGGGCAUCGGCCUCUCCAUCUGCAAGCGCCUGGUGUCGCUGAUGGGCGGAUCCAUCUCGUUUGUCUCGAAGCCAGGCGUCGGCACCACCUUCCUCUUCGAUAUCCUCCUCCACACACCCCCUCUCCUCCACACACCCCCUCUCCCUCUCCAUCCUUCCUCCCCUCCUCAUCCUCCCCACACCAGCACUCCUCCCCAAACCAGCACUUCUCAUGCCCCUGUCCCACCUCCCCCCUUGCUCUUACUCCCUCCGCCCCUCCUUACUGCAUCUCCAACCUUUUCUCAAACCAAUGGAACUCUCACUACCAACCGCUCUGCCACUCCCUCUGGCCGUCCAUACAUCCCCUCUCCACUUCCUGAAAGCUCCUGCAACGUUACCCUCCAAGGCCCUGGCAACCAGCAGCAGCGGCAUCAAUUCAGAUGUGGGUUAGAGGGUGUGUGUGUGGUGAGUGGUAGGAGUGGUGGGAGGGCUGCCUGUGGGUUAGACGGAGUGUGCGUGGUGAGUGUGGACGACCGGGCGGUGCGGCAUGCCGUCACUCUCUCUCUGCUGCGCCGCCUUGGCCUCUGCACCCUCCCCUGCCCCUCCUUCCACCUCCUCCCCCGCCUCCUCGCCCACCACCGCUCCUUGCACCAUGCGGAGGAGCAAGAGCAGGAGCAGGAGCAGGAGCAGGAGCGGCUUCCCUGCUCACAAGCCAACACAGGACCAAUCAGCAACCACUCAUGUCCUCUCGAGCCUCCUCUUGAGCCUUUUGGCUCGCCGGCUGUUCUUGUGGCUCCUUUUGCCUUCCGCCCCUCCGCCUCCACCCCCUCUGCUUCCUCCGACCGUUGCUCCCCUCUCUCUCCCGCUCCCCUUUCGCGCCAGUCUUCCUGCCCUCCCCUUUCCAGCGAGAAGGGCGUGGGUGGAAGGGAGGAGGGGCAGCAGCGGCAGCAGCGACAGCUGACGCUCUUGCGCCAGCGGCAGGAUGUACAGGGAGAGGAGGAGGGGGAGGAGGAUGAAGGAGAAGAGGAGGAGCAGGAGGAGGAGGAAGAAGGAGAGGAGGUGACUGGAGAAGGGGGAGUGCACUACAGGAGCUUAAGCGAGGCAGAGAGGGGGGGAUGGGUGGGGGCGGUGGUGGUGGAGGGGGAGAUGAUGCAGCGGCUGGGCGUCACAGCAGAUCACAUUCAUUCUCUCUUGACGGGCCGGGGGGGAUUUGAGAUGGCAGGGUUAGAUGGGCCGAGGAUUGAGAGAGAGCAAUUGAGCAAGGGAGGACACACAAGUGGGGGCAGGGAGGAAGGGGCGGAGAUGACAAGGGAGGGAUUGAGCGGGUGUGCAGUGGGGGAGAAGGGGCAUGGCAGCGAGUGCAGCAAGAGCAGUACCUGUGGAAGUUGGCCCGUCCCCUUUCUUGUUCUCCUGCACGGCUCGCUCUCCCUCUCACCGAGCUCUCUUGCCGGAGGGCUGACUGCGACCGACAGUUUCAGCCGUUGCGAGAAGGACGCUUAUAAAGGGGAUCAUUAUUCCCAUGAGCCGUGCUCGCACGGCCACAGGGGGGUCAGCUGUGAGCCGCCACGAGACGGGAGGGAUCAGACCAGAGGGCGGAACAGGCACAGGAGCGGGGACGGGGGCAGGGAUGGGAGGGACAGGAGCAGGGACAGGGGCAGGGAUGGGAGGGACCGGAGCAGGGAUGGGAGGGACAGGAGCAGGGAUGGGAGCAGGAGAAGCAGGAGUAAGAGCAGGGAGAGGGGCGGAAAGGCUGAAAGAGUUGAUGGUAGGGUGGGGGAGAUGAAGCCUCUUCGGAAACCGGCACUGCUGGCGGCGAUUCUGCCGCUGUUCCCUUUGAGCCCGGAGCAAGGUGAGUGUGCGCAGGAGGGUGGAGGAGGAGGAGGAGGCAAUAAUGACGAUGCAGCACAGGGAGGAAUGAGGGCGAGAGACGCGGGCCGUGCAGUGGGAACGAGUGGUAUAGUGAGGUUCAGCCCUCACCAGCAGCAGCAGCAGCAGCAGCAGCAGAUUUCAAAAGAUACCGCGACUGCAUACCACAGCCCUCUCACUAUAGACUGUAGUGACAGUACCGAUCGGCAGGAUGAAAAGCAGGGUGAGAGGCAGGGGCAGUGGGGUGGUGCGGCAUUGGAGCUAGUGAGCCCAUCGGCCCUCCACAAGGCAGGCAGCAGCGCUGCAGCAGCUCUCUGGCGAGCUGUGACGUCGCCACGGGCACUCAUGUCCCCUCAGUCCCUCACUUCCCCUCAGUCGUUCGACUCCCCUCACUUGUUUAAGUUGCGCCGAUCUCACUCUCCCAACACUCCCACCAGUCCCACCAGUCCCACCUCUCCCACCACUCCCACCACUCCCACCACCCCCGCUUCUGACGCUGCCAAAUGCAAAGCUGCUAGCCCCGGGGCGGCACAAAACACGUCACGCCAUGCUGUCUCUCUACCGGGAAAUAGGCUGAUGGUGUGUGAGGAGGAGACAUCGCUUGGAGGGCGGCAGCAGCAGCAGCAGCAGCAGCAGGGCGUGGAUGGCAGCAGUGUCUCAUUGGCCAGUCGAUCUGCUUCCCUCGAACACCUGAUCAAACCGGUUGCACCUGCUGCUGCUGCUUUUACAGGCUUGACAUCAGGAGAUAGGGGCCUUGGGAGAGGCACCAGUGCUGGGGAAGAAGCAGGUUCGGGUGGAAGGAGGGCACGGGUGGAAGGAGGGCACGGGGUGAGUGGUUUUGAGAGUGUGCUGGACUUUGCAGGGUUCUCUCCCCCCACUUCUUGUUCCUCGCUUGGGACUCUAUCCCCUGCCCUUACACGCACACCAUCGCCAUCACUCUCACCAACCUUGGCAGCACUGCCAGCAGCACCGCCAGCCGAUGCAGUGGCAGCCCCAGUAGCAGCAGCGGCACGUGAGCCGGCGUCGGUAGGGGAGGGGCUGAGCGUGCUGGUGGGUCGGCGGGUGAUGGUGGUGGAUGACAACGUGGUGAACCGCAAGGUGGCCAGCAAGCUGCUGGAGAGGCACGGCGCGCGAGUCACCGCCGUCGAUGGCGGCAUGAAGGCCCUCCAAGCCCUCGCCCCGCCCCACCCCUUCGAGCUUGUCCUCAUGGACCUCCAGAUGCCGGGCAUGGAUGGGCUGGAGGCGACUCGCAGGAUCCGAGCGCGGGAGAGGGCUCAGGGCGGGGGGCAUGUGGCCAUCAUUGCGCUCACAGCGGAUGUGAUUGCCGGCACGCGCCACCACUGCUUUGCCGUCGGCAUGGAUGACUACCUCUCCAAACCCCUCCACGACACCCACCUCUCUCACGCCGUCUGGCGAUGCCUCGCCAAUACAUGA